CUUAGUGUUGCGGAUAGUUUGUUUGAUAUAACGUCCAACCCCAUGGGCUUCUUCAGUUACAGGCUCUGGAAGUUCAGUCCCCUUUUGGUCUUUUUGGCAGUCGUCCACUGGCAGCUGAUUACUGCGCCACCUACACUUACAGUUGUCUCCAUUGGUGUUGCUGAUAGAUCCGAGAACGUAUACAAAUACGAACCUCGGAACCUCGUCAUAGCCUAUGUUAUCUGUGGCGGCAUGGCUUUUCUAGGAAACAUCAUUGGCGCUCGACCCAUGUUCAGGACUAGACGAUCAUAUUCCAAUGCAUUUUCGACCGUGAUCAGGACGUCUCGUAACCCUGAUCUGGAUAAGAUUAUCCGAGGCUCGGACACGGAUGGUGCUAAUCCUCUUCCGGAAUCUUUG